AUGGCGGCUCACAAGACCUUCAAAAUCAAGCGAGUCCUGGCCAAGAAGCAGCGACAGAACCGCUCCAUCCCACAGUGGAUACGAAUGAAAACCGGCAACACCAUCCGCUACAACUCCAAGAGGAGAAUGUGGCGAAGAACAAAGCUCGGUCUUUGA